GCCUAGUUAUACCAGCGACCACUUUCAUUGUUACAAUCACUCUCUCUGCAGAGUUACGGGGUGCAGUAAGCUUCGAGCGACGCUGGACAUGUCAGUGCUAUGGGCUUCCUGCUGCUGCUGCUCCUGCUAGUCUGUGGGUCAAUGUCAGCGCACCAAGGUAGCGGCCAGCGGCUAUCAGCCAACAUUGGCGUAACGUGUGUUUGUGCAGAUUGUGGAAGGAGCGUGAGGAGAUCUCGGCAGCCCCGCGUCGGCGCCCUUGGACGCAUCAUCCACGGCAAGCAGAGUGUCAGAGGUGCUUGGCCCUGGCAGGUUUCCCUCCAACUAUUACACCCUCAAUUUGGGUUUUUGGGUCAUUGGUGCGGGGGUGUAUUGAUAUCUCCGGAGUGGUUAUUAACAGCGGCUCACUGCAUCAACAACGACUUGUUCAACCUGCCCCUCGCCGCCCUCUGGACGGCCGUUCUCGGGGACUGGGACCGGGACGUGGAGGAAAAAUCCGAGCAGCGAAUUCCCGUGGAGGAGAUAAUCCUGCACGAGCGAUUUCACAAUUUUCAACACGAUAUCGCAUUAAUGAAACUCUCACGACCAGUGAAAUUAGCAAGAGAUAGCAGAGUCAGAGCCGUUUGUUUGCCUUCGAGCCGAUUAACAUAUAAUCAAACCGACCUGUGCAUCGCUACCGGAUGGGGCAGGGAUGUCGAAGACGGAAUGCUGGCAGGGAAACUGCUGGAGGCGAGAGUUCCGCUCCACGAUAACGCUGUCUGCCGGAAGAAAUACGGACAUGCGGUGGCCAUUCGGUCGGGGCAUAUGUGUGCAGGGCAUCUGGAUGGGUCCAGUGGAACUUGUGUUGGAGAUUCCGGAGGUCCUCUCCAGUGCGCGAUGAGAGAUGGCAGAUGGAUGCUAGCAGGAAUAACUUCGUUUGGCUCUGGAUGUGCCAAACCCGGAUUUCCUGAUGUCUACACGCGAUUAUCUUAUUACCUACCGUGGAUAAGAUCAAAAACUCGCCUGUAGUAACCUUGACUGACACUGACCUGAUCUCAGAUGUGAUAGUAAUUAUUGUUUGUGAAAGCAACAAACAUUGUAAAUAUAAUGUAUAUAAAAACUUUAUUACAAAAGAGUACAAACCAUUCUUAAAUAAAACAAACUUUAAAACUUU